ACACUUGGAAAUGAAGUUAACGUGACGCUGUAUUCGCCACCUUUGCCAGAGUUUGAUUACAGUAUGGUUGUAAUCUUCCUAAUUGCUGUGUUCACAGUAGCACUGGGAGGCUACUGGAGUGGAGUAGCAGAACUUGAGACUUUGAAAGCAAUAGCAAGUCCUGAGGAGAGAGAAACAAGACGGAAGAAGGAAGAAAAUGUUACUUUUACCCCUGUAACAGUUAUCUUGUUUGUUGUCAUCUGUUGUGUCAUGUUGGUCUUACUUUACUUCUUCUACAAAUGGUUAGUGUAUGUUAUCAUAUCCAUCUUCUGCUUGGCAUCUGCAAUGAGUCUAUACAACUGUCUUGCGGCAUUAAUAGGAGAAAUACCAUUUGGGCAGUGCAGGAUUGCAUGUUGCAACAAAAGCAUUGAAGUGAGACUUAUUUUUCUUGCUGCAUUCUGCAUAGCAGCAGCUGUGGUCUGGGCAGUGUUUCGAAAUGAAGAUGGGUGGGCUUGGAUUUUGCAAGAUAUUUUGGGAGUUGCUUUCUGCCUGAACUUUAUUAAAACACUGAAAAUGCCCAACUUUAAGUCCUGUGUGAUCCUUCUAGGCCUUCUCCUUCUAUACGAUGUGUUUUUUGUCUUCAUCACACCAUUUAUCACAAAGAAUGGGGCAAGUAUAAUGGUUGAAGUUGCAGCUGGUCCUUUUGGAAACAGUGAAAAGAAUGAUGAAAACUUGGUGGAAGUCCCUACUGAACGCUCAGCUCCCCAUGAGAAAUUACCUGUGGUUAUUAGAGUGCCUAGACUUGAAUACUCUGCAUCGACACUGUGUGACAUGCCAUUUUCAUUGCUGGGUUUUGGAGACAUUAUUGUCCCAGGACUUCUGGUCGCCUAUUGUCGAAGAUUUGAUGUUCAAACAAGUUCAUCUUCUGUAUACUUCAUUUCCUGUACAAUAGCUUAUGCCAUUGGUAUGGUGCUGACUUUCGUUGUUUUGGCAUUAAUGAAGAUGGGACAACCGGCCCUUCUCUAUCUUGUACCAUGUACACUCAUUACUAGCUCUCUUGUUGCUUGGAGACGCAAAGAGAUGAAGAAAUUUUGGAAAGGAAGCAGUUACCAGGUAUCGGACUCCUCCAGGACGCCUUUGCUACAAGAUGAUGGAACACCUGGAUUAUACAGGAAAUGAAGAAAGCACAGCAUCAGCCAGUGAACAGCCUGGAGGACAAUAGCAUGUGGGAUCCUGAUUUAAAAUAGUAUUCAAAUUUUCUACAAACGAAUUACAGUAAAUUUGGUGAAGUUCUACAAUAGAGUAUUUCCUACUCUGUGUAAAAGGGUUUUUUAACUCCUGCACCUAUAUUUUUAUGGAAAAUAUUGUUAAUAACAUAAAAGUAAUCAAAAUAGACUUGCAGUUUUUUACAGCCAAGCCAUAGCUGGUAAGUCUGUGCCUUAUUUUGAUUUAAAUAAAAGGAUAUUUUCUAUGCA